AUGCUCUGCAUCUGGUGGAGUGUAUGCAGUGUCGAAUACUGGGAGCUGCUCGCUGAGGGAUGUACAGUGACCGAAGACGUCUACGUUGAGCAACACGACAACACUCAGUCACACAUUGGAAAAAUGACCGAGGCUGAAGUGAAGAAGUUCUUCUGGACCAUUUUACCACACCAACCGUAUUCCCCAGACCUGGCUCCCUCAGAUUACCACCUUUUUUCCUAUCUCCAACGUCAUGUUGAUGGUCAAGACUUCCAAACGUGCGACGACAUCAAAAAGGCACUCGAGCAGUUCUUCAAGGAACUGUCCCCAACGUUCUGGAGCAAAGGCAUCUACGAUCUGUCUAAACGUUGGCAGAAGACCAUCGAUGCCAAUGGUGCAUACUUCAAAUAA